AUGUGGCCCCUCACUGAGAAGGGCAAGAAUCGCAAAGCAUCGGCCGAUGCUAUGAAGCUCAACAAGGUGGAGAUCCCAGAGUCCCAGCUGAACCAGGAUUCGCAUGCCAUCAAGAGCUUUCUGAUCGCCCACAAGAGGCUCAUGGAGCGCAGCGAUGAGCAGCGCGAUCCCGAUGUCCAGUAUCUGAGCGAUUUGUACCGAGAACGGCUUGGGGAUGAAGGUGCUUUGGCCGUUUACCGGGGGCCUCAGCGGCCGAGGGUCCGCCAGGGCCGGGGGCGGGGCGAGGAUCAUGAAGAGGAGGCGGAAGAAGGCGGCGAGGAUGCCAUAGUGCCGGCUGAGGAAGGUGAUACGGAACCGGAAGGAGAUGCAGUUCAUGAGGGACCAGCCUUGCCGCCGUGGCUUGGUAUCGAGGCCAUAUUUGAUGAACCUCAGGAGGAUGAGGAGGACGAGGAGGAGCAAGACAGCGAAGCUGCUUUUGGCCCCGAUUUAGUGUCUGCUCCAUCUGUGCAUUCGCUGGAAGCGGAUUCGCAAGCGAGCUCAGUCCACAUCAUUGACGUGCCGAACUCGCCAGGUGAGUGUAUCAACAUAGUUGGCAUGGAGAUUGCUUUUGUUUGUUGUGAACCUAUAUCAAUAAAAAUGUGCUACCAUGACAGAUCCUCCACGAAAGACAACAUGGACUGA